AUGUCUCGUCAAGAUAUGGGCCCACCGGCCAAAAGACAAAAAGGCGAUUCGCACCUCCCACAUCAAAUACGAGAUGCUAGGCGCAAGGAAAAUGACGACUGGGAGACAAAUCGCAUGCUCACGUCUGGUAUUGCGCAGAGGCGUAACAUGGAAGGCGACUUCAUGCCAGAUGAUGAGGAGGCGACUCGAGUUCACCUGUUAGUCCACGACCUUCGACCACCCUUUCUCGAUGGACGCACGAUUUUCACCAAGCAGCUGGAGCCGAUUUCCGCCAUUCGAGAUCCGCAGAGCGACAUGGCGGUUUUUAGUCGGAAGGGAAGCAAAGUCGUUCGUGAACGGAGACAACAACGCGAACGCCAAAAGCAGGCCCAGGAAGCUACGAACAUGGCCGGCACAGCUUUGGGAAACCUGAUGGGAGUCAAGGAAGAUGAAGGAGACAGCGCUGUCGCCAUGCCUGUGGAGGAAGUAUAUAAAGGCGGAGGUAACAAGUUUGCGAAACACUUGAAGAAAGAGGAGGGCGGUGCCAGCUCAUUUAGUAGGAGCAAAACUUUGCGUGAACAACGAGAGUACCUUCCAGCGUUUGCGGUACGCGAGGAUCUAUUGCGAGUCAUUCGUGACAACCAGGUUGUGAUCGUAGUUGGCGAGACAGGUUCAGGAAAGACAACCCAGUUGACCCAAUUCCUUCACGAAGACGGUUACUCGAAGCUUGGCAUGAUCGGUUGCACACAGCCUCGCCGUGUGGCGGCUAUGAGUGUCGCAAAACGUGUUAGUGAGGAAAUGGAAGUGGACCUAGGAGGCACUGUUGGAUAUGCCAUUCGUUUCGAGGAUUGUACUAGUGAUGAAACUGUGAUCAAGUACAUGACCGAUGGUGUGCUCUUACGAGAGUCUCUCACACAAUCCGAUUUGGAUAAAUACUCAUGUAUCAUUAUGGAUGAAGCCCACGAACGUGCUUUGAAUACAGAUGUUUUGAUGGGACUUCUAAAGAAGGUUCUUACACGGCGAAGGGACCUCAAGCUGAUCGUUACUUCCGCGACCAUGAACGCAGAUCGAUUUUCGCGUUUCUACGGUGGAGCUCCUGAGUUCAUUAUUCCCGGCAGAACUUUCCCCGUCGAUACACAUUUCUCACGAACCCCUUGUGAAGAUUAUGUGGACAGUGCAGUCAAGCAGGUCUUGGCCAUCCACGUUUCUCAAGGCCAGGGCGAUAUUCUAGUUUUCAUGACUGGUCAAGAAGACAUCGAAGCAACAUGCGAACUUGUUGCUGAGCGUUUAAAAUUGCUGAACGAUCCCUCACCUCUCAGUAUUCUACCGAUUUACAGUCAAAUGCCAGCAGAGCAACAGGCAAAGAUUUUCGAAAGAGCGGACGCGGGCGUUCGCAAAGUUAUCGUUGCUACAAACAUUGCAGAAACUAGUUUAACUGUUGACGGUAUCAUGUUUGUCGUUGAUUCCGGAUACUCGAAGCUUAAGGUGUACAAUCCGAAAAUGGGCAUGGACACCCUCCAAAUAACACCAAUCUCUCAGGCCAACUCAAACCAGCGAUCUGGACGUGCUGGACGAACAGGCCCUGGAAAAGCUUACCGCUUGUAUACCGAAACCGCUUAUAAGAACGAGCUUUACAUCUCAACAAUUCCCGAAAUUCAGCGCACCAGUCUGUCCAACACUGUCUUGCUAUUGAAAUCGCUUGGAGUGAAGGACCUCUUGGAUUUUGACUUCAUGGACCCACCUCCCCAGGAAACGAUUUCUACGUCUCUUUUCGAGCUCUGGUCGCUCGGGGCAUUGGAUAACCUGGGCGACCUAACCCCGCUAGGUCGUCAAAUGACACCUUUUCCAAUGGAUCCUCCUCUUGCCAAGCUUCUCAUCAUGGCCUCAGAUGAGUACGAUUGCAGCGAGGAAAUGCUGACUAUUGUCUCCAUGCUUUCUGUGCCAAAUGUUUUCUACCGUCCCAAAGAGCGACAAGAGGAGUCUGAUUCAGCUCGUGAGAAGUUCUUUGUCCCAGAAUCAGACCAUCUUACUUUACUUCACGUAUAUUCUCAAUGGAAAUCCAACGGCUUCUCGGAUGGUUGGUGUACCCGUCACUUCCUCCAUGGAAAAACACUUCGACGUGCAAAGGAAGUUCGCGACCAGUUGUACGAUAUCAUGAAUCAACAAAAACUGCCUCUUACCAGCUGCGGCACUGAUUGGGAUGUCAUCCGGAAAUGCAUCUGCUCUGGGUUCUACCACCAAGCCGCACGUGUGAAGGGAAUUGGUGAAUUCAUCAAUCUGCGCACCAGCGUGACUAUGGCUUUACAUCCAACGAGUGCCUUGUACGGGCUCGGUUAUGUGCCUGAAUACGUCGUUUACCACGAAUUAAUAUUGACCGCUAAGGAGUACAUGUCUACUGUAACAGCAGUUGACCCACAUUGGCUCGCCGAGCUUGGUGGUGUUUUCUACUCUGUCAAGGAAAAGGGUUACUCCCAGCGUGACCGACGUGUUACAGAACUAGAAUUCAACAAGCGCAUGGAAAUUGAAGAGCAAAUGGCGGCGGAUCGUGAACGUGCUGCAGCUAUGAAGAAACGCGAUGAAGAGCGCAGCGAUCCCACUCGACGCAAGAGAGAAAUCGAAGUUGGAGGGUCUGCUGUAAGACGUCCGAUCAUCAAGAGACCAGGUAAAGUCGGAGGCGUAUCUGCCUCUUCUUCCUCUCGACCCGGUAUAAAUGGUGGCGGUGGAUCAGGAGGCAGUGUGGUCAAAAAGCCUCAGAUUCCUCGGAGACCAGGGCGAACAUUUUGA